GGCGUAUCAUCGACAUGGCCAUUGAGAACUGUCAGAUCCGUACGUUUCAUAACCUACCAUAUUGUUAAUUUUAGUUUUCUCGAAAUAUGCCUCUUUGUGUUGUACCAGGAUGCGCUAACCCCGGUGUACAUUUAUUUCCCAAAGAUCCAACAUUAAAAAAAAAGUGGGAAAAGGCUAUAAGACGCAAAAAUUUUGUAGCGACACAGCAUAGCAGGUUAUGUCGGAAUCAUUUCCAAGAAUCUGAUUAUGUAGGAGAAUCAGCCUACACAGGACAUCCUCAAAUAUGCAAGUUUCUGAAAAAGGGAACUGUACCAAGUAUAUUCCCUUGGUCCACCCAGGUGUCAACAACACCUACAUCAAGAACCAGUCGUUAUAUGAAAAGAAGCAGACGCAUACUUGAUUUUAUACAACCAUCUGUAGAAGAAAGUGUUCCAGAACCGUCUUCUAGCGCUGAAAUUGAAAUAUCUACUAUAGAGGGCUCCUUAGAAGAUUUUACACCAAAAACAGUGUCUGUUAGCACUCAAUGUGGUAGUUCUUUUGGAAUCUUAUCACUAGAGGCCAUGAGAGGCAAUCCACAGGCUAUUCAUUUUUAUACUGGGCUAGAAAAAUAUGAAAAAUUUAUGUUGGUGUUAGACACAUUAAGUCCCAUGUGUAAUAAUUUAAAUUACAGGGGAAGUAAAGUUAUCAAUGUUUGUAUCGGUGACCAACUGUUGAUAACACUAAUUAAGCUUAGAAGGUACAUGCCAGAUUUUGAGUUGGCAUUUUUAUUUGGUAUUUCCCAAACUACUGUUGCUAACAUUUUUGUAACAUGGAUUAAUUUUAUGUAUGAAAUAUGGUCUUUAAUUAAUAUUUGGCCAAGUAAAGGAUUGGUUCAAUAUUAUAUGCCAGAGUCGUUUAAAAGGGGUUUUCCAAAUAUUAGGAUUAUUGUGGACACAACUGAAAUACCCAUCACACGGCCUGGGAAUCCAGUAGCACAGCAGGUGACCUUCAGCAGUUACAAACAUAAAAACACUGUGAAGGCUAUGAUUGGAGCAACACCUGGAGGUCUUAUAUCAUAUGUCUCUGAAUGUUAUGGAGGUUCAGUCAGUGAUAGACAGAUUAUAGAAAGAUCCAAACUAAUAAAUAUGUGUGACUAAUAGAGAUGAUCAGUCAGAAGAAAAGAAACUCAGUAGAAAACGCCGUAGAAACGAGAGUGGGUGGUAAGAAAAAGCUACACCAACAAACGUACAAAAAAGUAUAUCCAGCAAAAACCAUGGGACCUGUAUGUUCUUGUAAAAAAAUGCAAGAAAAGUUCUCUGAACAGCAGAGGAAAACUAUAUUUUAAUUUUUUUAUAAAAUGGGUGAUCACGAACUACAAUGGCAAUUUAUUAAUAGAUACACAAUAGCAAAACCAAUAAAGAAAAUGACUAUAUACAGAAAACAAAACAGGACCCAAACUAUCAAUUAUAGCUUUCCAUUAGACGAGUCAGAAAUUACUGUUUACAAGGUUUAUUUAUUAAAUACUUUAAAAAUAUCAGAACAGUUUGUUUAUACAGCAUUGGAAAAAACAAAAAAUAAUGAAGGUAUGAUUGAUCAGAGACGGAGUCACGCAAACAGGCCUCAAAAGAUGAUUAACUUGACGAAACAAAGCAUAAUUGACCCCGUUAGUUUCUUUCCAGCAGUAUAGUCUCACUACGUCAGAAAAUGCUCAAAACGGCAAUAUUUGUCAGAGCAACUUAAAAUUUCAAAAAUGUACCGAUUAUAUGAACUGUGGUUUCCAAACCAAAAUUUGCCAGAAGAUUGGAAAGCUACAAUGCAACGGUAUGGGUCUGUGUUCAAUACAGAAUUCAAUUACUCUUUCUUUCGGCCAAAAAAGGAUAAGUGCCCAACAUGUACCCUUUAUGACCUAGCAGACGAAGAAAAAAACUAUCACUAGAGGACGCAUACAGAAAGCAUAUAAACAAAAAGGAGACUGUUCGUAACAUAAAAAACGAAGAAAAAUUGAGCACAGAUGAAAAAACACUACUAUUGCGGCGUUUGAUCUGGAAAAAGUUUUGAGUGUGCCAUAGUCCGAAGUGGGCACUUUUUAUUAUAAAGAAAAAUAUGCAGUUUAUAACUUUACUGUUUGAUUUAAUGCGCAAAGCCAGACAUUGUUUUGUGUGGCAUAUGUCUAUUGGAAAGAGAACCUCUCUUUUACCGAAAUUGGUAGUUGUUUAUUAAAAUUCAUCCAGGAAGAACAACUAAGAGGAAUCGAAAAUUUUUCAUUUUAUUCUGAUGGUUGCGCCGGCCGAAAUAAAAAUCGCUUUAUAUUCGCCCUAUACCUGUAUAUCGUACAAGUUUAUGGAGUGAAAACUAUAACGCACCGAUUUUUUGAGACAAGGCAUAGUCAAAAUGAAGGUGAUAAUAUGCAUUCAUGCAUAGAGAGGGCUAUGAAAAAUAAAAUACUGUAUACUCCAGAGCAAGUUUAUGGUGUAAUUUCAAACGCGAAAAUCUCGCAUCCAAAAUAUAAGAUCAAUGAAAUGGAGCAGGUGGAUUUCUACGAUAUAAAAGAUCUUAUUAAUGGAAAUAAUUGGUUGAAAUACACCGAAGGACGAAAAAUUAAGUGGUCGGAAUUGAUGGAGGUGAGAGUUUCUCAUUUGAAACCAACAAUUUUACAGUAUAAGUUGGAACUCGAAAAUGAGCCCUUUGAGUUGAAUACAAAAUGGACCAAACCGAAAAGAGGGCGAAAAUCCAUCGCCGACGAGGUACAAACCCUUAAAAAUAUUUACAGCCAUCCGUCACCCGUCACCAAGGCCCUGCUUAAUGACCUGAAGUCUCUGUGUGAUAGUGAGGCCAUCCCAAAAUAUUAUCACAGUUCUUAUAAUAAUUUAAAUUAUGCCGACAUCAUACCUGAGGAACAAGAGUAAGAUUUAAAUUAAAAUUGGGUUACCUACUUGUAACAUUUUUAAAAUUUGUUUUUAAAUAUGUAAUAAUUUUCGUUUGAAACUAUAAUAAUAAAUACUUACUGGAU